AAAAUUAAUCGAUUUUCAUGGGACAUGAACCACCCUGUUUCCGGAUUAUCAUAAUGUUUUCUUCUUAGUAUUUUUUGACUUGUAAAAUCGGCACAUAUAUUGCGAAAUGUCGAGAUUUCUCUUGAACAAAAGAUUUGUUCCCAGUUUAGUUCAGCAAGAUGUCUUGCUUGCCGGCUCAUGGAUAUCGUCCCAAUCUCGGAGGGGAAAAGCCUCAACCCCUAUAAACAUGUGUGUUAUGUUUGUACCCCAGCAAGAGGCUUGGGUUGUCGAGCGCAUGGGACGGUUUCAUAGAAUUCUGGACCCUGGCCUGAACAUUUUAGUUCCGGUUGCGGACAAAAUCAAAUAUGUGCAGAGCUUGAAGGAAAUCGCCAUAGAUGUACCGAAACAGAGUGCUAUUACCUCCGACAAUGUGACCUUAAGCAUCGAUGGUGUACUAUACUUACGUAUCAUCGAUCCUUAUAAAGCUUCUUACGGCGUUGAGGAUCCGGAGUUCGCCAUAACACAGCUUGCUCAGACAACGAUGAGAUCGGAGUUGGGAAAAAUGUCAAUGGACAAGGUAUUUCGCGAAAGGGAGUCCCUGAACGUCAGCAUCGUCGACUCGAUCAACAAGGCCAGCGAGGCGUGGGGCAUAGCCUGUUUGCGGUACGAGAUUCGUGAUAUCCGACUACCUACUAGGGUCCACGAGGCGAUGCAGAUGCAAGUGGAGGCUGAGAGGCGGAAACGAGCAGCAAUCCUGGAGUCAGAGGGUGUUCGUGAGGCUGAAAUCAAUAUAGCCGAGGGCAAGCGGAAGUCCAGGAUCCUAGCAUCAGAGGCCGAGCGCCAGGAGCACAUAAACAAAGCAAGUGGCGAGGCGGCUGCCAUUAUAGCCGUGGCGGAUGCCAGAGCCCGUAGUUUGCUGGCCAUUGCCAAGUCGCUGUCCCAUCUGGAUGGACAGAAUGCUGCUUCCCUCACACUUGCCGAGCAAUACAUUGGGGCCUUCAAAAAGCUGGCCAAGACGAAUAACACCAUGAUCUUACCUUCAAAUCCUGGAGAUGUUAAUGGCUUCGUGGCCCAGGCGUUGGCAGUGUACAAUCACGUUUCCCACUCUAACCAGGCCAAGACUUCUGAAAACGUUAAAGGAGUUGGUGCCUGCCUCAACGCAAAGAAUGUUGAGUACCAGGAGUUGCAAGAAGAUAAAAACAGUGUGAAAAUGAAUAUUGAAUAGGAAUGAAUAAAAUGUUGUUGCUAUUAUA